AUGGUAUACCGACCACUGCGCAGCUGCCCGGGCAAAGACGUCCCGCUUCUGCAGAAGCUGCUUUGCCGCCUUCGCGGCUCAGAUGGCGAGGGCCUCUUUCCUCAGCGCCUCUUUGCCGCCACGGAGCUGGUCCGUCUGGCCGAGGAUCUGGCGCAUCUGGAGCUUCACAGCGAUGAGGAAGCCCUGAAAUCCUUGGGCCGGGCGCUUCUCUUGCGGAGGCCAGAGCUACAAAGCUCGGAACUCCAGCUUGCCAGAGGAGCCUUUGCCAUGCUCGGCCUACCACUGCAGCAAGUGUGGGCAUCAGUCGGAGCAAAGCAGAUGAAGCAUGGAGGGGCCGUGGUGACGAAGCAGGCGGCGAUUGCACAAGUCCUGGUGCAGAACAAGGCUUAG